CGGGCGCAUCACUGCUAACUAUGAAGCAAGUAAGUCGCAGCUCAGGUCCGCUCGCUAUAAGCAGAAUAACCUGAGUGCUGGUGCGACUUCAGUCAGCUGCAAUAUUCGUUUUUGGCAGUCGGUGCGAGGAGUUAUCAGUGUGCAUUGCUCUCAUAAAUACAAAAGAUCUGCAAACUUUACAUUUCUAUUUUUUGUACUUUUUACUGAGGAGCAAACUGUCCGGGGAUUGUCUUGUGGCCAUUGCAAAAAAAAAAACGCAAAAGUGUCACACUCUUUAAAUGUGAGGAAACUUUUGCUCAGGGGCUUCAGCAAGUGAUUUUGUAUCAAAAGCUGCUUGAAUCCCAGAAUCCCCAAGAAUGGCUUCUGCGGAAAACACUACAGAUUACAAGCCAUUAUUUGGCCGAAGUAACCCUCGGUCUCUGAUUUUCAGCUUUUUGUUGACCAUGCCGACAGUUGUGUGCUUCAUGCUGUCUCUGACUUCGAUCGCAAUUUGCGUUUUGAUGACCUCUAAAACAUCCCAGCUAGAACUUCGCUUGCAGGCGCUGGAGAUGGAGAAAGCGCUGUCCCCAGAAAUCUCUUUUCUGGGCAAAGAUGGGAAUGUAGUACCUGGACUUCGGGACACGAUUGAGAAACUUGUUGAAGAGAGGCUGAGCGAAGCCCUGCCGAAGCAGCGCAAGGCGAGGGAAGCGCUGCAGCCCUGCUCCUGCCCGCCAGGUCCUCCAGGAAAACGUGGCAGGAUGGGAAGACGAGGCGAUCCCGGUCCUCCGGUAAGUACAUCCAUCAUCGCUGUCUUUUGUGAUUCUAUUUUGGGGGGAGCAUCUGUCAAUCUGAUGUGGUUAAAGUGGAUUGUUCUCGGAUGCCUCUGUAGUCAGGUAAGUCUGUGGGAAGCCAAUAAUGUGUGUGCAUGCAUGCUUAUUUUUGUGUGCAUGAAUGGUUUCAGAUGUAGAAUAGCAUACCAACAGGCUGAAAAUACAGGUACUAAUCACUGUGAAGUCAUUUCACAUUUACUAAGCCAAUUAUUUAGUUUUACUAGAAAAUGCUUUGGGACGGGAAGGGCGUGCCUGGAAGAGAUGGGACUACCUGGCCCAAAAGGAGAAAAGGGUGACCAAGGAGACGUCGGGCCAAGGAUGAUCUUUCCCCGCUAUGACCAUGGAUUUCUCUCAGAUGACCACCAUAACUUUAAAAGACUGAUACUGAAGGGUGAUCAAGGACAGGCUGGUCCACCUGGUCCCCCAGGGCCACCCGGGUCCCCUGGACCAAGAGGACCUCCUGGGAACACAGGGAGGGACGGCCCCCGUGGCCCCCCUGGAGAGCAGGGAGCUGCUGGGAAAGAAGGUAUCGAGGGACCGAGCGGAACUCCUGGAAAACCGGGUGAAGAUGGUGACCAAGGUCUUCCCGGGCCACAAGGACCCCCAGGAUCAAAGGGAGAAAGAGGGAUACCUGGUGUUCAAGGCGAAAGAGGAGUGGACGGCCUCCCAGGACUAAAGGGAGAUAAAGGGGAUGUGGGAGAGGGAGGACUCCAAGGAGAAAAGGGUGAACGUGGUGAGAAAGGUGCUUCGGGGCAUUCCGACAUCAUUGACUUCAACGGCAAACUUCAGGAAGCCUUGGAGGCCAUCCACACCAUCAGCGUCUCGGGUCCUCCUGGGCCCCCUGGACCCCCAGGCCCCCCUGGAGAACCAGGUUCAAAGGGAGAGCUGGGCUUACCUGGGCCAUCUGGGCUUGAUGGUGAAAAGGGUCCCAAGGGUGCGAAAGGUGAUCCCGGAGAACCUGGGAUGAUGGGUGAAAAAGGAGAGAAAGGCGAGAUGGGCCUGAUAGGACCAGCGGGAGUCGAUGGGCAAAAGGGAGAGAAAGGAGACAACCUGUUCCAGGAUGACCUGGUACAGAUGAUAUCCCAGCCGGGCCCCCCAGGCCCCGUUGGCCCUCCUGGUCCUCCUGGUCUCCAGGGAUUCAAAGGGGAGCCGGGGGAAGAGGUAAAGGGUGAAAAGGGGGACGUCGGCCCCCCUGGGCCACUGGGACCACUAGGUCCACAAGGCCCACCUGGUCCGGCCGGAUUGCUUGGCCUGCCAGGUGCGAAAGGAGAGAAGGGAAAGUCGGGGGAACCCGGAUUAGAUGGCUUCCCGGGGCUGACAGGAGAGAAGGGUGACCGAGGAGAGAAAGGAGAAAAGGGUGACCGAGGGACAGUAGGCAGGAAAGGUCUGAAGGGACAGAAGGGUGAGCAGGGACCCCCCGGACUGGACCAGCCCUGUCCCGUGGGCUGUGAUGGGGUUAAAGGUCACCCCACCCCAGAUGUCCCCUGUCCCCUGGGCCCGGACGGACUCCCCAUAAAGGAAUGUUUGCACAAGUGAUGACUAACAAGACGCAUGCCACCUGUACAUAUUGAUAUGGUAUAUUUUGCAGCUGAAUACUUCUACUUUUUUGAAAGAAAAACGAUUUUGUAAGGAAAGGUUUAAUAUAAUAUAUUACGCUUUUAAUGUCGGACAUCAUGUUGUCUAUUAACAACGAAGGUGUUAACGAAAAACCUACAAGAAAUUGUAGGCUAGUAGUAUUAAUGUUACCAAUUGGACUUUUAAAUUGUGUGUAAAGUUCGUAUAAUGAAGAAUGGCUGCCAUGAAGAUUUAGGUGUAAAACUAAUCAUGGAAAACCAGUUGACGGACUCCUUAUGUAGUCGAUACAAGUUGCUGCUACGGUGAUAUGGACGGGAAGAUUGGGUCCUAACACUACAAACGGACUUUCUGCUUUCUUUAUGCAAAAUGCUGCAUGAGACUGAUAUCACUCAAAGACGAUUCAGAGACUUUUGCACCAACGCCCCCCCUCCCCCUUCUCUUUGUUUUGGAAGGACAAUAAUACCUGGCAGAAGGCGAAACUCAAGCCUAUCUCUCACCCUUAAAUAAGGAGAGAGACGUGUGCUCAGCGGAGCAAAACUGUAUUGAAACACACGUGAAGUUCGAGGUCCAUGACGCUCGCAGUUAAGACCUGCAGUUUUUCCCGUCUGGAGUUUUACCAGCAGGGGGCAACAAUGGGCUCGCUACAACUCAACACGCUGGAAACCCAGGCAAAGCGAAUAAACCACAAGGCCAUCGAGGCAGAAAGGCAGCCGGAAUGUCCCCCAUUGGUAUAAUGAAAGUCUGGAAGUAUUUCUUUGUUUGAAGUAUAUUUGUGAUUAUUUCUUUUUCGUUUGUUCCAUAUUCAGUUAAUGCAACGGAUAGUGUUUUGAUAUGUUCAGAGUUUAUGACAUUUGUAUUUCUCAUUUGUAUUGUUUAUUUCUCAACACAUUACGAGAAACCAUUCAUUCAUUUGUGGUCACAGUGACCCAGUGCACAACUUUCAAUUUUUAAUUUUUGAUGAGGCAAGAAAUACUUACUGUUUUACUAAAUGAUGUGAUCGUUUGUAUAGUUCAUAUUAAUGACACUUGGUUGUGAUUAUUUCUGGAUAUUACCAUUACGGUAGCACUCCUGUGGAUGGACAUUUUUGUAUAAUAUAAACCAAAAUAUAUAUAUAUAUUUUUUUUUGUUACAUCAUUAGUGACAUACAGUAGACAGAUUUGUGUGCUAUUCAUGACAUCUUAUUCCUGUGUGUCCGUGCUAUUAAACAUGAAGGUUUUUUGUGCUCAGUUAAAACAUUGUGAAUGAAAAAGUUUAAAACAUCCUAUAUAUUAGUAUUGUAACCUGCUCACAGACACUUUCUAGUAGCUCACACAACAGAGAGAUACAGUUUCAUUUUCUUUCUGUAUGAGUUUUCUCAUAAAACAUUUCUUUAGACUUGUCAUCGAUCCGCUCUGCUGGAUAAUAGAUACCAAUCGGUUCCAUCAAAAGUAGCUUUAUCUUCUGCAUUUUUUUCAGAAGUCUGUGAGUAGCAAUCCAGAGGCUGCAUACACAGCUGUCUAUUGACAGCCAUGAAUAUUGACGUAAGCUAAACGGGUUUGAUUGCUGGUAUUGUGGUAAUCAUCAUUAUUAUUGUUAUAAAUCCACAGACAUGAAGGGCAGUUCAACAUAUUUCCAGUUUAUAGUCUUUUGUUGUAAUUGUCGAUUUUUCUUAUAAACUUGUGUGUGCAAAGUGAUGGGCUUUGAGCCUUUUCCACAGGGAUGUCCUGUUUGUUUAUGUAAUUUUUUUUCACUUUUCUGAAUUCAGAAAGCCGGUCGUGGUUCAGGGCUUCAUCUGCUACCUUUUAUGGAAAUCUUAAUACCUGGGACCCACACAUCACAUGGCAACACAGCAUACCAUGCCGAUUCACGCACAUGCAAAGCAGCCCCCCCACCCCCCCUCCACAUACACCACACACACAUUCACACACACACACCCAGCACCUCGCUUUAAGAGCUGAUCCCCAUAGGCCAAGGUGUGGUUGUACAGUUUUUAGUAACUUAACAUAACAUUUUCCCUAAUUUGUAUAGAAGGUGAAGACCACUGCACACAACUUUUUGAAAUUUCUUUGAUGGAUUUUGGAUUUUCAAUUUGAAGUUUUUCAUGAUGGGGCACCUCGGUCACUAAGCAUUGUGAAGACAAAAGACAAUUGGUUGAGGUCCCUUUAAAUGUGCCUUUAUUUUUCCAUGUGACCAGAGAGAAGUUUAUGAGUGAAAUGGUAGCUAGUACAUUGUUCUUAUCACUGUUCUGCAAGGGUUUUUAUUUGACAAAAAGAUGUAAAGAGGACUUGUGACUCUGAGUCAGCUUUUUGUCUUUUACUCUCAUGCCAAGCCUGCCAUUUUAAUUUUCGUUUUGUAUGCUUCUGAGUAAUGUACAGUGUGCUUAUUCAUGAGGGGUCUUUUUAUGCAGACCUGCAUCUUAAAAGAGUUUUGUAAGAAAAACUCGGACAAUAUAGCAUUUAUUUCCGGUCUUUUGCCUCAUUUGCGCAAGUCACUGUCUGAACACUUCGCCUUGCCGUAAUAGUAAAUCUUUUCGAUAAGGCAUCAAUUGUAGUUGAAAGCUCAUCAAGCAAUGUUUUGUGGUGUUGACAGUAAUUUUACUAUCACGUGAUUAGAUUGAGUUUUGAUUAUUUUAUGUUUUGUAGUAAAAGAGUUUUCAGCUAUUUUUAUAAUGUUUCUCAUUUUGGUUUGUUUUGAAAAUAUGUGAAAUCUGGUACAUACAAUCAAAAAUAAACAUUUCAAAUAUUCAAUAA